GAGCAGCAGCAUACCUAUCCGGAAUGCCUCGUGACGAAGAAAGGAAGGGACUAUGUCGGAACGGUGAAGAACACGGAAUCGGGAGAAAAGUGCCUGCCAUGGAACGAUCUGCCCUACGGGAUACCAGAUGACUUCUCCCCCACCGAAACCUACCAGUCCCAUUUCCCCAACCGCGACGCCUGGUCCCAUAACAACUUCUGCCGGAAUCCUUCGGGGAGGGAGCGACCGUGGUGCUUCGUCUCCGACGCUUUCCUUCGUUGGGAAUACUGCGACAUCCCCAUGUGCACACGCACGGAACCUCAAGAAUGUAAGGUGACUCAACAGGGCGGGGAAUACACGGGGAAGAAGAACGUAACUCAUUCCGGUUUCCCAUGCCUGCCGUGGGGGAAUUUGCAGCCGAUCAGAGACUUGAAGGACCCCUCGGUCCGAUUCCCGGAUUUUGAUUCGCUUGAUGAGGGGUUCAACUUCUGUCGGAAUCCGAAUGGGGACGCGGCUCCGUGGUGUUUUUAUAUGGAAGGAGUUUCGCUUGCGUGGGAAUACUGCGAUGUUCGAUUUUGCGAAGGGCAAGGUCGAAGCGGGAAGAGAGAGGGGGAAAAGGCCGUGUAUCCGGAAUGCCGACUGUCGGAGAAGGGGAAGGAAUACGUGGGGACGAAGAACGAGACCGAGACGGGAGAGCCGUGUCUCCAUUGGGCGACAGAGCCAUAUGGCACGCCUUGGGAUUUCUUCUCGUGUAUCCGGAAUGCCGACUGUCGGAGAAGGGGAAGGAAUACGUGGGGACGAAGAACGAGACCGAGACGGGAGAGCCGUAGAAAGGCCUCAGAGCCAUAUGGCACGCCGUGGGAUUUCUUCAAUCGGGGCGUGGAAUAUGCGCUGCACUUUCUCAAUCUCGACCCGACGGUCAACAAGAGUUACUGCCGGAAUCCGGGGCUGUACAGAGAAAGGCCCUGGUGCUUCGUCUCAGACCCUAACAUCCAGUGGAAGUACUGCGACAUUCCCCUCUGCCAAGACCCCAAUCCGCCGGAAUGCAAGCUAACGAGGCAGGGAGGAGAAUACGUCGGGAAGCGGAACGCGACCCUCUCGGGGUUCCCCUGCCAGCAUUGGCUCGCUUCCACUCCCAACAAGCAUCUAGCGAUAAAGAAACAACUUUCUGCGUUCCCGGAUGAAGUGGACGGGAGCCACAACUUCUGUCGCAACCCGGACGGGAUCUUCCAC